CUUACGUGUUUUGUAAACAGCUUCUGCAUUUUCUGAAAGAGUUUUCCCAGCAGACCAUCUCCAGGACGCAUGAAAUUAAAAAGCAAGUAGAUGGACUCAUCCAUGAAACAAAAGCCACAGACUGUCGCCUACGCAAUGUCUUCAAUGACUUUCUUAUGCUAUCCAACACACAGUUCAUUGAAAAUAGAGUAUAUGAUGAUGAAGUGGAAGAGCCUCUUCCCAAAGCUGAAGUAGGAGACAAAGCAGAGCAGGAGAAAACCCGGGAACAAAAAGAAGCAGAUCUGAUUCCUAAAAUCCAGGAAGCGGUGAACUAUGGGUUGCAAGUGCUGGACAGUGCCUUUGAGCAGCUGGAUAUCAAAGCGGGCAAUUCAGACUCUGAAGAGGAAGAAACGAAUGAAAGGGUAGAACUGAUACUAGAGCCAAAGGAUCUCUAUAUUGAUAGGCCUUUGCCUUAUUUAAUUGGCUCCCAGCUGUUCCUGGAACGUGAUGAUGUUGGGCUGGGGGAUUUCUCUAGUGAAGGCUCGGUAGACAGCGAUCGUGGGAGUGUCAUUGACAGUGAAGAAAAAGAUGAAGAGGAAUCGGAUGACGAGUUUGGAAACCCAAGUGAGGAGGACCAAAAGCCAGUACGGAGAAGGACCUUCGGGAGUGAUGAGGAGGAGGAAGAGGAUGGCUGUGACCUCUUUGGGGACUCCGAGAAAGAGGAGGACGAGGAAGAGAACGUGGAGGAAAAGAGGCCGAGAAAGAAAAGACCAACCUCGUUUGCUGACGAGCUGGCGGCGCGGAUUAAAGGGGACGUGCCUAGCAACCGAGAGGAAGUGCAGUCCUCCCUAUCAGCGGAAAUCAAAACAAAGAAGACUGUGAAAGCAAAGGACGUUAGAGUUCCAUCAGAUGAUGACGAGGACGACAUCUUCAAACCUCCCAAGCUGACGGAUGAGGACUUCUCGCCGUUCGGUUCGAAGGGUGGCCUUUUCAGCGGCGGAAUGGGACUCUUUGACGACGACGAGGAGGGCGAUCUUUUUGCUGAAGCACCGAGAAGGGAAAAUGUGAAAGACAAAGAGCUGAGAGUCCCAAUAAAUGAUGAGCCUCCCACAAAGCCUUCAGCUUCACGGAAAGUGCCUGCAGGUGCGGUCUCUCUUUUCCCAGGUGGGAAUGAUGUGUUUAGUUCCGCCUCCGUUCUUGUGGAAAAAGAAAACAAGAAGUCCUUGGAGCAGAGCGCAGAGAGAGCCCCCAAACCGCCAGGGAACGUCAGCCUGUUUGAGGACAACGACGACUUUUUUGUGGAACCAGCUAACCAACAUUCAAGAUCAGCCAAAUCUGCUGCUGAUCUCUUUGACAAUGAGGAAGGCGACUUUUUCGAGGAAGAGCCUGACGUUCCUGCAGCUGUUAGCAAGGCAGCCGAAGGCCGUAAAGAAUCGAUGGGAGGGAAUAAGAGUCACUCGUCUUCUGCGGAGGACUUCAAGCCUUUAUCUGCAGUCCCCAAAGCCCAAAGAGGCCUGUUUUCUGAUGAAGAAGAUUCUGAAGACUUGUUUUCACCGAGUCAAACGCUCAAGUCGAAGAGCACAUCUCUCCCGCCCAGCAAGUCUACCCCCAAAGCCCCGCUCUCCCUCUUUGAUGACGAGGAUGAAGAGGAUCUCUUCGGUACUCCAGCUGCCAAGAAGCAACAGUCGAAACCACCCCAGGGGAAAGCAAAACAAUCGGAGUCCCUCAAAACCACUUCCAUCUCGUUGUUCAGCAGUGACGAGGAGGACCACUGGAACAUCAGCAAGCCGACUAAACCAAUUUCCGAAGAGCGCCAAAAGGGGGAAGCUGCUCCACCCGGCAGUGCAGUGGAUCCGGCCCAGGCUGUGAAAAAGACCAGCCUCUUCGAAGAGGAUGAAGAGGAGGAGGAUUUAUUUGCCAUCACUAAGGACAGCCCGAGGAAGCACCCAAAGGCUUCUCUUCUGUUUGAAGAAGAUGCUGUUAAUGGCGGAUCGCUCUUCAGUUCCCAGCCGACGCGUCUUCCUUCAGCGGCUAAAGCCACAACGGAAAAAGCAAAACCCCUUCAGGUGCCACCUUCGUUAUUUGAUAAAGAGGCGGAAAAGGAGGAUCUGCUGGACACCUCAAAAACGAAAGUGGCGGAGGAGAAGUCAGGACAUACAGAGAAGCAUAAAGCCAGCCCUGUGACAGGAGGAACAGAGGUUGCAGGGCAGCAGGAAAAGGGAAAGCCGGAGCCUUUCGCGGCAUCGCCUUUGGGGCCGGUCAGUCAUUUGGGUCUGUUUGCGGCCUCGCCGCCGCCGGUGGAGAAGGAAGCCAAACCCAGGGCUAAGAACGUGCUGAGCUUGUUCGAAGAGGAGGAGGAGGAAGAGAAAAUGGACAAUCAAGACACCAGAAGGGUUGAGCAGAAAGAACCGGAUGAGAAGAGCGCUCAUUUGAAAAGCACAGGCGUGUUCCAAGACGAGGAGCUGCUCUUCAGCCGCGAGCUACAGAAAGACAACGACCCCGAUGUCGAUCUCUUUGCCAGGGCGAAGAAAUCAGGGCCUGCAAAACUCCGUGGGACUAUGCCGGCCGGCGGGGGGCUCUUUGGCGAUGACGAGGACGAUGAUCUCUUCAGUAUUGCGAAGGCAAAGCCUCCGAAAGUAGCAGAAAAAAAAUCAGUUGUGAAAAAGACCAGCUCUGGCUCCUCUACAGAGAGCAGUAAGGAUCCGGAGAAUCAGACAAGUGCCAAACAAGAUGAGAUACCUAAAGCAGAAACCUCCGAGAAAUCCGCAGGUCCGGCUCCCAUUAAAACCAAAGAGCCCUCGUCUCGGAUUGGAAAACUACAAGCUAAUUUAGCUAUUAACCCAGCAGCCUUACUACCCAGUGCAGUUGCGAAGAUCUCCACUCCGAAGCCUGCAUUGCCAAAUUCGGAACCUCCCCUGCACGAACCUCAUGGCCUACGAAGCGCUGACGCCUUUGCUGCCGCAGGAAGCAGCCAGGAGGCCGGCGUGAGCUUCGACUGCCCCAUGCAGGCAGAUACCUUACACAGUGCUAAUAAGAGCAGGAUCAAGGUGACGGGCACACGGAGGCCUCCCAGCAGGACAGCCCGGCGGCUAGCCGCACAGGAGUCCAGUGAGAACGAGGAGCCCCAGCCGACCCUCCCCAAACAGAGCUCCGUGUUCACGGAUGCGACGGAGCCAGAGGCCAAGGCAAGCACAGAAGACGGGUUGGGGGUGAAGCUACCAUCCCCCGUGCAGGGCGGGAGCCGGUUACCUGGAGUGGACAGAAACCGUUCGGGGAGAGGCGCAGGCCACGAGGACAACUUGUUUGGGUCGGACAGUCUCUUUGUGAAAAAUUCAGCGUCCAAGCCUGCAGCCCCAGCUAAAACCCCUGAGAGCGUGGCUGGCAGGCCCCCGAAAGGUGGCGAGACAAAGCCUGUCCUGUCCUUUCUGGAGGACCAGGGCCCUGAUGAGUUCUUCCAGCCCACCCCGCAGAAGCCGCCCAAGAAAAGCAGCCCCGUCUCUUUGCUGGAGGAGGACGAUCUCUUCACCAGUCAGAAAACUGCGAGGAGGAAGGAGCUGAAAUCCACCCCCCGGCAAAACCUUGACCCGAAAGCCCAAGAUAUCUUUGAGGACGACAUAUUUGCGACGGAGGCCGUUAAACCCCUGAACAGGACGAGAGAGCACGCGCUGGAGUCUAACCUGUUUGAGGACAGCAUUGACAUCUUUGCGGAUCUCACCGUAAAGCCAAAGGAGAAGGCGGCCAAGAAAAAGGUGGACCCCAAAUCCAUCUUUGAGGACGAGAUGGAUGAUAUCUUCUCCGCUCGCAGCCCAGCCAAGGCCUCCACCCCCAAAGGCCGGCCCUCUCUGGCAGCCUCCGAAGCGAAAUCGGAGAGCAAGGCAUCGAGUACGUUUGAUGACCCACUAAAUGCCUUGGGAGGCCAGUAGACAGUGGUGGCGUUGCAGAGGGAGAGGGCCCUCUGCAUGUGGCUUUUCUUGUCCCGGAAUCGUGCUCUUCUGUUGACGGUUUGGGCAGAGAAUCGGACGAUCAUGGACAUUCCGAUUGAAUGGCUUUCCGCUUUACAGGGUUAGUAUUUCUUCCCUGACCUCCGUCUAAUCAUGCUUAACACUGUAAAAAAGACUCUCUCCCUUCGUAACUUUCUGCAGUCCUGCCCAGAGGACAUCGCCUGUGCAAUACCCAUGAUAAUGUAAUCUAUUCCACAAAGUGUAAGUUCUUUUAUUGAACAGAUUUAUGGGGGGGAGGGGUAAAAUCACUGAGAUUGUGAAACAGUAAAUGCUGUCUGCUAAAU